AUGCUCUACAGAUGGGAUAACCUCUCCCAACGGAUCUCCAGAUACCAGAAUCACAGCCUUUUCGCCCGACGAUGUACGAUCAAAACCUCGUCCCGAGUCCAGCGCCAGUGGCCCGUUGAGCGAUCCGGGGCUUCGAAAGAUCUACUCAGUGUAAGUCUAACCACUGACAACAUGUCAUUCUAUCUCCUAACAGCCGACAGGAACACUUCUGACCCAUUUUUGGUGUCAACAAGCUCCUCUAACAGGAUUCAACUUUCCCCAACGGCUGCAAGCUUUACGCCGACAGCGCUAUCAGACACGGCGGACCGUGACAGCCAGCCUCGAUUCGUGCCAAGUGCAUUCGUCUCUGGUGCUGAAAGCACUCGCGCGAGUUUCAUUGAGCAGACAGUGUCUGAUCACGAGGCCUUUAGUCCUGUUCAUAAUAGCAGGAAGAAUAACUCAACUGGCGUUGUUCUCGACAAAUUUGAUGCCGAAAGAUGUAGCCGAGCUCUCGUCAUAGAGAACGUUUCUGCAAACCUUACUUACAUGGCACUUGCUGGGUUUUUCAAUCGCCGUGAAUUCACAACUCUGAAAGGACCUGUUCUUACAGAGCUCAGUUCCUUGGGUAAGGUAUACGUCGCAUUCACAGACAGUCGUGAGGCGAAAAAAGCUUUAGAGAAGAUAUAUCUCCUUCGGCCGGAAUGGAGUGUGUUUCCUCUUACAGCCAGGGAAUACGUGCAGCGCUUGGAGCCGUCCCUUCUCCCUCAAACCUCAGACUAUGAAGGCCAGUUGCUCAUAACAGUUUACUAUGAUAGCCGAAACCCCAGUUUGAAUCAACAAAGCGUGGCCCGUUCUCUGGAGACGCUCACGGAAACAUUUGGCGAUAUCAAGUCCUUCCAGUUGCUGCCCAAUGGACAGGAAAACAUCGGACAAUUUCAUCUUGAGUUUUUCAAUACUCGUGAUGCCGAGAAUGUGAUGACUACCCUUAAUAGGACUUCUGUUGAUGAUUGCGUUCUAGAAGUUUCAUACUUCAAGCCCGACACGGAGGACUAUGCCUUCCUUUCUGCCCUAUCAAGCCCAUCACCAGCGAAGGAUGAAUUCACCAGCAGAAGUGAGGUUUCUUCCAACAGAAAUGCAUCUUGGACUCCAAGCCGACCAAAUCGACUGCCCUACAUGGAGCUUAGUCCAACUGGGCGCUCUACCGUUCCCCCGGGUGAGCAUGCCGAUCUCAUGGAUUGGAUGUCUAGGGCGGGAGAAAACGUCAUGCCUUCACCCCGGCGUGAGAUGAGCCAGUAUUCUGAUCUACGAGUGGCCAAUCAAAAUGCUGUAGACACAGAACGAAUCCGCCUUGGCCUGGACGUCCGAACUACAAUCAUGCUCCGAAAUAUCCCAAACAAGAUUGACCAGACUAUGCUGAAGACCAUUGUUGAUGAGACAAGUCACGGGAAGUAUGAUUUCAUGAAAGAUUUUGCGAACAACUGCAACGUCGGCUAUGCUUUCAUAAACUUCGAGGACCCGAUCGAUAUCAUUGAUUUCGUUAACAUGCGAGCGGGGCGCACCUGGAAUUGUUUCAACAGUGACAAGGUAGCUGAAGUGUCGUACGCGAGUAAGUGUGGCACCGCCUGUGGCUCGGUUUUCAUGGUCUUAAACACAAAAUUAGCGAUACAAGGCAAAGAUUGUCUCGUGCAAAAGUUUCGGAAUAGUUCGGUGAUGUUGGAACAUCCAUCCUUUCGCCCGAAAAUUUUCCAUACCGGCACUGGAUCCCUCGCCGGCACUGAGGAUCGUUUCCCAGGGCCCGACAACCCUUCAAAGAUGCGCCGCAGUAUUGAGAAUGCUGAGCAUGUUGGUUUAUUUGCCCCGCGGGUUGGACAGCAAUACCGCGAUGAGCAGCGGCGCCGUCGUUCACAAUAUGACCGUGGCACUACCGCUGCCGAAAGGGAAAUUGUGUACGUCCGAACUCUUGCUCCCAAGUACACUUCUGGUCUGAACAGUGGCCUAAGAAGUGCCCCUUGCACUUACCCUGGUAUGAAAAUAUGGUAUGAUCCUAUCGCCGAACGCGGUCCAAGGACCUCCUGACGUGUUGUACGAUAUCAAAUCAUUCUCUUGAUCACAGGACCGCUCUUGGAAAGGGCAGGAGUAAGAAAGAAGAGGAGGGGAAAGGAAUGAGUGUGUGUAAGAAGAUCUGUUCUGUCUAGACAAAAAUGUCUGCUCGACGUUGCCGAAUGUCAUGGGUUUAGUUCGCUUUCCCCUGCACUUGACAACCUUGCUCUCCAGAUUCAUGUCCAAAGGAGGCCUUCUUUGGGACGGUUUUUACACACCAUAAACCAAUGGAGAAAAUAGGUCAAGUCCUGGGCUGCUUGAAUGUGGUAGUAUCUCGGUUUGAGUCUAUGUGUUGGCCUAGUCUCCGCUUGGAAGACUUUCUUUGUGAGAUUUAAGACGACUUUUCAUCCGCUUCGGCGACCAAAAUUCAAAACUUUUC